UCGACGAUGCCUCUACCUCUGGGGCUCUUUGUCCUGCUUUUUGUCGCGAUUUUCGGUCUUUGCAGCGGUGCCGACCUCUUCUCCAACUCCUUCCUCGUCAGGUUUCGACGCGAUGUCGACGCCGAGGAGGCCCACACACUCGCCUCCAGGACCGGAUUCGUCAACAUGGGCCCGGUUUUGGGGUCGAAACGGGAGUAUCAUUUCGUGAAUCACGCGAUUCCGGUCGCGAGGACCAAGAGGAGUAUUCCGCAUGUGAGGAGGCUCAAAGUCGACCCUUUGGUCCACACAGCCAUUCAACAGCCGGGCUUCAUACGCGUUAAAAGAGGCUACAAACCGCUCAAAGUCGAAAAUCUCGUGAGGAAUAUCCAACCCCAUUCGGACCCCACCGACCCCUACUUCCCAUUUCAGUGGUAUUUGAAAAAUACGGGUCAGAAUGGAGGCAAAGCGAAAUUGGACUUGAACGUCGAAGCCGCCUGGGCGCAAGGAGUGACAGGGAAAAAUAUCACAACGGCGAUUAUGGACGAUGGAGUCGAUUACAUGCACCCCGACCUGAAAUACAAUUACAACGCGAAAGCCAGUUACGACUUCAGCAGCAACGAUCCGUUUCCUUAUCCUCGAUACACGGAUGAUUGGUUUAACAGUCACGGAACGAGAUGUGCCGGAGAAGUGGCAGCUGCGAGGGAUAAUGGCAUUUGUGGGGUUGGGGUGGCUUAUGACUCCAAAGUUGCAGGAAUAAGAAUGUUGGAUCAGCCUUACAUGACCGACUUGAUCGAGGCGAAUUCCAUGGGUCACGAGCCCGGCCUCAUCGACAUCUACAGUGCUUCAUGGGGGCCCACCGACGACGGCAAGACCGUGGACGGCCCCCGCAACGCCACGAUGCGGGCCAUCGUGCGCGGCGUGAACGAGGGGCGCAACGGCUUGGGCAACAUCUACGUGUGGGCGAGCGGCGACGGCGGCGAGGACGACGACUGCAAUUGCGACGGUUACGCCGCCAGCAUGUGGACCAUCAGCAUCAACAGCGCCAUCAACGACGGCCAAAAUGCGCACUACGACGAGAGCUGCAGCUCGACUCUCGCCUCGACCUUCAGCAACGGCGCUAAGGACCCCAACACGGGGGUGGCCACCACCGAUUUGUAUGGCAAGUGCACCACGACGCACUCGGGCACCUCGGCCGCCGCCCCCGAGGCCGCCGGGGUCUUCGCCCUCGCCCUGGAGGCCAACAACAAUUUGACCUGGAGGGAUGUGCAGCACCUCACGGUGUUGACCUCCAAGAGGAACUCGCUCUUCGACGCCAAGGGGCGCUUCCAUUGGACCAUGAACGGGGUGGGGCUCGAGUUCAACCACCUCUUCGGGUUCGGGGUGCUGGACGCGGGGGCCAUGGUGGCCCUCGCCAAGCAGUGGAAGCCGGUCCCGCCGAGGUUCCAUUGCGAGGCCGGGGCGCACCUCCAGGUCCAGAAGAUCCCCUCGGCGAAGAAGCUUGUCAUGAAAAUCACCACCACGGCGUGUCAGGGGGAGAGCACCGAAGUCAGGUAUCUGGAGCAUGUCCAGGCCGUCCUCACGGUGAAUGCCAGUCGGCGAGGGGACCUGGAGCUCUUCCUCACGUCGCCGAUGGGCACCAGGUCCAUGAUUCUCAGUCGGAGGCAGAACGAUGACGAUUCCAGGGACGGGUUUACGAAGUGGCCUUUCAUGACGACGCACACGUGGGGGGAGUACCCACAAGGGACCUGGGUGCUAGAGGCGAGUUUCAAUUCGCAGUUGCCCCAGACUGGGUUUGUCAAAGAGUGGACUUUGAUGUUGCACGGCACCAAGGAGCCCCCUUACACCGAGUUGUCGGUUUUGGACCCCCAUUCCAAGCUCGCGAUUGUGAAGAAGGCUCAUGAAAAUCGAAUGAAGAUGUAAUUGGUCUCUUUAGUUCAUUUAUUUGUUGAAGAUUUGAUAAAGAUUCAUAUAUUUUUAAGUAGAAAGUAGCGAAAUACUGAAAUAUUUAAAUAAAUCCAUCAAUCUCUAACUGUACUGUAAUAAAAGCAUGUGAUUAUACUUAUGUAACAAGUAUAAGAUAUCAAGUAUAACUAUUGGAUUUUAUUUUUACAAAUUGUUGAGAGCUUAUAUUUUGUAUAGCGUUUCUUCCUUCAAAGAUAUAUUUCAGAGAUUAUUUAUUACAGUGCAAUUGUAUAAAAUUGUAAAUUGUUUACAAUAUAAACUCUGUUUCAUUUUGUCACCUUGUUUGCUUCAACUGGCCGGCGAUUGUAAAUAAAAUUAGACA